GGCACUCACAGAACAACUACCGCAGCGUUCGAAGGAUGAAAACUAACUUACCUGUUUGCAAGUUCAACGGAGCUGAAAUAACGAAGGAAAUUGUUUGGGAGAAUUGGCUCCCUCGGAGAAGUUACACAAAGAUUCUCAAAUUACAUAAUGUAGACAAAACGUUGAAAACUGGCACAUUUUCAAUUCCUUGUUCUGAAGUUUUUAGUAGCACACAUCCAGAACACCUAAAGGUAGCUCCUGGUGAAACUGUAUUAGUGCCAAUCACCUUCAGGCCUACAAAGAAGAUGGAAUUCUAUCAUGAAAUGUCACUUCAGUUAUCGGGUAAGACGAUAAAUGUUGCCUUAAAAGGCAUUUUGCCUCACUUCCAUGUGGAACUGCCGAUAAGAGUCGAUUUUGGCUCUGUUGCAGUGUUUACGUCAAAAACGCAGACCUUUACUUUGAGAAACAUGAUGAAGUUGAAGACAAGUUUCAGGUUGAGAACCAUCUUACCGGUUCAUGUCUGUCCCGAUGAAGGACUACUUAACUCUCUCGAAAAGAAAGUGAUUAGGAUUAGUUUCACACCAAAAAUAGCCGGGUCAGUUCAAGUAGACGUUGAAUGUACUUUUGGUGACGAGAGUUGUCAGCAAGUGAAAUAUAUGGGUGUCACAGGAGAAGCGGAACAUGCCAGGAUUUACGUUUAUUCUGAGGAUAAAAAGAAGCUUGAAGAUAUGGGUUCAAAUCUGGCUAUUUCUUUAUCAUUUAACAAGACAUCUCCUGGUUGUUCAUCGUUGAAGCAUGUUUUGGUUGAAAAUUAUUCAGAUGUUGAUGGAUCAAUUAAGAUUGAACCUGUUAGUCGGAAUGCUAGUUUUAUUGGCAAUACAGUUUUUCGGUCAACAUUAUCUGAUAUUAUUAUUCCUGCGCAGUCUAGCUCACGUAUCGGUUUUACGUAUACUCCAAGAACACCAAAUGCAUAUGAUAUUGGCUAUUUUAAAAUUUGUCAAUUGAAUGGUUACAGUGAGACACUUAUAAAAUGUGUAGGAGAUUCAACAGAUAUCAACGUCCAACUUUCAACGAAUUACUGUACAUUUCCAAUAACUCAAAUUGAUGAGUUAAAAAAUCAAGUUGUUUACAUAUCAAACCAUACUGACCAUCCAACAUUGUAUGAAAUGAAAACUGGUCAUACACAUAUCUAUAUAAAUGAGAAUAAUGAAAAGUGCCAACUCAUUUCCACUGUAUUUCCACUACUUAAAGGUUCACAGAAUGGCAUAAUAAAUCCUAGAGAAACAAUCAGACUUGUAAUUGGAUUUAAUCCACAUGUGACUGGUCACUUUUAUCGUCGAUUUGUUUUGUUGGUGUGUAAUCAGGAACCGCAGUUUUUACAUUUACUUGGCACUUGUCAUGAUUUGACUGAACGACCUCAUCAUCUGACAGUGAAACAUUUAGCCAAUCUGAAUUUAUAUGCUGACAAAUCGAACAAUGGAAUAGAUUCACUUGAAAAAUCCAAUGAGUGGGAGAAAAACAAACUAAAUGGCUAUGAAAACUACGCUGAAAUGAUGCAGCCACCAGAAAUCUUGCUGAAUCCUCCUUCAUUAUCCCUUAAUCAUACAAAUUGGGAUUUUACGUCAAAUUCAAGCUUACUGGCUGAAGCAACCUCAUGCGCAGAAAAGUUGGACAAAGCUAUCAGUCAAGGUUUAGAAAUAAAUUUUGACAACUUAGCAAUUCGAAAUAUCCUGAUUGUACAGAACCACACUAAUGAUGUGAUGAUAAUUAACUGGUCACCAAUUAGGCAUUUAAAUUUACCACUGAAAACAAGUCAGGCCAAUUUAAACAAGCAUAUAAUAGAAAGAGUCUGCUGCUUCAGAAUUGAACCAAUAUCAAAAGAAUUAGCACCCAACAGUUCAACAGAAUUUACUAUUUUGUUUACACCGUCCAAUAUUUGUCAAUAUUAUCAUCAAGAAUUUGAAGGAUUUGCUAUGUACAAAAAACAACAAGAUGGUGCUUUAAUUGAUUCAAAAUUAAUAAAACCAUCACAUUGUUUAUUAGUUAACUGUUAUGGUCAUACAUUCCCCAACAGUAAACAGUCAUUUACUCCUUCCUAUGAAAUUAGUAAACCAAAAGUUACAUUUGAUUCGAUCGAAUACUGUGAAAGUAAAUUUGAGUCUGUUUCUAUCUACAAUAAAAGUGAAUAUCCAUUGUUCUUACAACACAGUGAAUGCUUAGGAUUUUUAAAUGAUGAAACCUUAAACAAGAGUAUACUAAAUAUAAGUUUAAUUCCUUCAAUGUGUCUAAUCGCUCCAAAUUCAUACAAAGUCAUUGUUUUCCAUUGUGAGUUAUAUUUACCACUUACUGAGGUUAAAGAAAAACUGGCAAUUCGAGAGGAUGAAAUUAAACUUAAAGGGUUACAGGUCGUAUCGAUGAAUAAAAGACCAGAAUAUGAAUGGAAAAUUCCUGUCGAAGUAAACUUGACCACGCCCAUGAUCACAUUAGAUAGUAAUGGAGAACUUUAUUUCAUACCAACCCAUGUUGGCUCCCAAACCCAAAAACUGUUUAACAUAACUAAUACUUCACCGUAUGAAAUUGAAUUCUGUUGGGAGAUUAAUUCAGAUGAUCAAACUGAGCUAGAAGUCAAUCCAAACAAAGGCAUUUUAUUACCGUAUGAAAUACAAUCACAAAUUUGGUUAUUCCAUCCGAAACAAAUAGCUAAUCGUAUCUUCAAGCCGCGCCUUAUCUACUGUCGAUCAAACAACUCGAAACAAUCUAUUCAACAUAUAUCCAAAAGGUAUUCACAUGAAGUGAAACAACACAGCUUACGUGUAAUUACCAUGUCUGAUAAAGUUCAGCUGUUUACAGAUCCGGAGACAAUAACUUGCCAACCAAUGUUAGUGAACACUUCAACAAGGCAUAAAGUCAAUUUUCAUAAUCUUAGUUUGGUAUCUACUAAUUUCUGUUCAGUAAUUAAACCACUUACAAAUGUAGAGGAAAACGAGUUAAAACUGGAUGAAUUUAUAACUAUUGAAUCUUCUGACAAUUGGAUAAGUGGACAUUCCACAAAAUCCAUUACAAUUCAUAUCUGUCCUAAAUCAAGAGGAAAUUUUUGUUUUCAAUUAUUUUAUCGUUUGUAUACUGCAGAGAAGAGUAGCAGUCAGAAGAAAUCAUAUGGUAAUGGAGAAAUGGAAAUAAAACCAGAUACUCAACGUAAAUACCUAACCGAUGAUAUAUUAGCUGUGACAAUAUUUGUUGAAGCUGUUUACCCUACUCUACGAAUUACUGAUAUCCAUGGAUCAGGUAGUUUGAACAGUAUCAGCCCUGUUGAAUUGUGGAGAGAUUUGGAUAUAGACAGUCUAAAUGCCAGUUUGGAAACUGAUCCUACAGAAAACGAAUUAAGAGACACAAUCAAUACUCGUCCACUGUAUCGAGAUCAUCCAAAUUCAGUAAACACUCGUGGACCAGAGUUUAGUAUGCUCAUUGGAACAUCAACGGUUAUUAAAAACGGUGAAGUGAAUAACUCUAAGGCAUUAUUAUGCCUACUUAUUGAAAACUCAGGUCUAGUAGAUGUAGAAUUCGCCUUUUUAUUUCCUGAAGAUUUACUCAUUGAACUACCUUCGUGGGCUGAAAGUGGACAUUAUGAAGCUAUAGAACUUCAACAUAUGCAUAUUGAAAAUCAUUCACUGUUUGAUAUUCAUCCAAAACGAACUUUAUUAAAACCUGGAGAAUACUGUGAAGUUAUGAUUACAUAUAAUCAUAAUUUGGCUGGUUGUCAUCAGUUGCCGGUACUUUUAAAAAUCAAUGGUGGUCGAGAAAUCAAGUUAAAUAUGAUUGGAAUUACUCUGCCUUUAAAUCAGCCAUAUCUACAGCUUACAGAUCGUAAAUAUGUAUUUACACCGACUCCGGUUGGUUUAGGCGACUUUCGUCUUGGUUAUCUGUUCCAAAUGAAGCUAAGAAAUCCUAGUUCAAGAUGUUUGCAUUUUCGUGUUAGUCAUCUUGAAUGGAUACCUGAGAGUAAGAUGAGUAUAGAGGUGAUGAAACGAGAAACUGAUGAAAAGUACCUUGAAUACGGUUUACCAAUAUUGUAUUGUGUACAAGAUCAAGGAUUGAUAAAAUCAAAUGGAUUGUUUACAUUGAACUGGAGAUUUCGUCCUAUUGAAGCGAAAACUUACACUGCAUAUUGUUUCAUUCAAAUUAUGGAUGCUGAGGAAACACCCGAGAAUACUGAUCAACCAGUCUAUUCAGAUACUAUAUUAUUAGAAUUGAUAGCUAUCGGUUAUGAUCCAAAACAAUUUGGACCAAAAGAAGUAUUGGCUAAUCCACAACGCGUUCGAAUUCCAACUGCCAUAGAGAAUCAUAUAAUCCCUACUGACCGAAAUUUCAAGUUAUUGGAUAAACCCAAUGAUGACAACUUAACGCUUCGAGAUAUUCCUCCACUUUCACGUAGAAUCAAAUGUCCUAUUGAUUCAUGGGUCAGCCUAUCGCAUCACCUACUUGAAUUGCAUCGCAUUGUUCUAGGGACACGAUGUAGACGGUUGAUUCAUAUGACGAAUAGAUCUGGUUCUGAUAAUGAUGUGAAUCAUUUACCUGUCAGUAAUCGUUCUACUUACCGAUUUCGAUGGUUUGCGGAAUUAGCAGAAGAAAUGGAGAAUGUUACCGUAACUCCGAAAUUGGGCAGAAUUAAACCUGGUAAAACGAUACAGGUUCUAAUCACCUAUACGGCUAGUGGACUACCACGUUUUACAGAGAUAAACUUAGUAUGUGAAAUAACUAAAAAGAAGGCGAAUACGGUGAAUCUAUCAUCUGAAUCAAGUGAAAUGGAUAUGGAGAAAUUUUGUCAAAAAUGGCCAAAACCAACACGUAACAAACCAGUCUACAUUUAUCUAACAAUAAGUGCUGAAGUUAUCAAUGAAGACGCAGCAAAAGCUUUUGGAAUGAAUAAUGAAGAGAACACUUCAUUUACCGAUUAUACACUUUUCUUAAAUUCUGCUCAUUCAGCAGCAAAAGCAAUAAAUCUAACCAGGGUACAAGAUGGUAUCUGGAAGUUACAUCAACAAUUGUUUAUUGACCUAAUGACAUCUUUGAUCGCCGAUUUAAUAUACAAUGAAGAAUUUGUACAAACAAUUCAGAGAGUGGUAAUACCACCUGAAAAUGUGAUCACUAACUCAGAAAUACGUAAUGACGAAGACACCGAUGAUCCAGUCCCAUUGUGGACACAAAUAAAAGAUGGCAGUUGGAAGAUAAAUGAGCCAGGACAAAAUGAUUCAACUAGUAAUAUACCAAGUGUUAAUCAAGAGACACUUCACUUACAAGACUGGAUACCUGAAAUUGUCAAAGAGAUGAACAAUAAACAAGAUAUGAGAAGCGUUUAUGAAGAAACUGCAGACAACAUGUGCAUACAGAAUCCAGUAUUUCAAUCACUGGUUGAAGAUGUCCUGGCUGGAAUGCUGCGUAAUAUUACCGACGAAGUCAAUGAGCACGAAUAUGAAAUAACCACAAAACCUAGAGUAAUCGCCUUACCGCCACGAAACAGAAUCGAAGAUAAGUAAGCUACAACAAAAUGAAAUUCAGGAAUAUUUAGACAUUUUUUAUAGUAAGAUUUUUAACUGCUUCAAAUUGUUUGAAUAAACACACACGUGAUUAACAUUCUGAGUAUUCUAUUAUUUUGAAAAACUUGAAAAUAAAUCAAAUCUACAUUGUACUUU